GCCACAGAAAAAGGAGCAACAUUUUUUUCUGAAAUUCUUUUUUUGUGAUACUUUCAUUACAAAGAACAUUUUACAAAGAAGAAAGACAACAAUUUAAAGUCUUUUGGACAACAUGAAGCUCACGGUCUAUUGCUGGUCCCGGUUUGGAACCCUGCUGAUCCCACUGAUGUGUUUGAUAUUAAGAUCACAAGCCGGAGUGGUGGAUGACUUCUCCCAAAUAGAUCGCUGUAAGGAUUUUCUUUAUAUGGGCACUCCACCUCGAGGUUACUUCAGUACUUCCCUAAAGAAGAUCUGCCAGCGCUAUGUGGACAAGCCUCGCUUUGUUACCCUCUACGACCCCAAAAAACACAUCCCCAUCUAUUCAGCAUACACCUUCAAGAAAUCAGAUGGGGAGAAACGGGUAGACAUUCCCUGGAUGUUUGAACCACAGCUGGCAACUGAGAAAGGAAGCAGUAACAUGGAACCCUUUCCUCAGUCUUCCUUAAUGCACAAAAACUUUGAAGACACGCAGGCCGUGUUAGAAGACUACGCUGAUGUAGUGCAAUAUGAACGUGGCCAGAUGAACCCCGAUGAGCAUCAGGCAGACCCGCUGGACAAAGCUGCCACCUACACACUGACCAAUGUAGUUCCCCUGAUAAGGGAGUUCAAUUUUGGUCCCUGGAGCACACAGGUAGAGGCUACCCGCAAACGGCUCAACAAUUAUUGUCACGGAAAGGCUUAUGUGAUCACUGGGGUGACAACAUCAGGUAAUAUGAUUCGACGUGAUAACCUAGAUCGUGUCGCCAUCCCAGAGUUCAUGUGGACAGCCUAUUGCUGCACAGAUUACGAUCACAAUGCUCCCUACUCAGAGCGGUAUAAGUUUCCAGCGUUCGGCGCCUAUGGUCUUAAUGAUCGUGUGAACAACCACAUGGUGGAGAUUCCUAUCAAAAAUCUGGAGAAGUUUCUCAAGGGCAAAAUGGAGGUGGACAAGAACUUCCAGAUCUUUUACAGUGACUGUGUGUCAGAUGCGUAA